UUGUUCCAUGUUGCAAUGAUAUUGUUGCUUCUUUUUUUAGUAAUGAUUCGAGCGCAAUCCUUUAUGUAGUUUUUGUCGACUGUUUUAAAAUCCGGCUGGUUAUCUAUAGAUAGUAAAAGGUCACACAGAUCAAAGCUUUCCUAUCUUGUCGCGGAACUAUUUGGAUGGUACCAGUGAAAACAGGCACGUAGAUACAGAGAACUUGAGUUUUUGACCUAUUUCUACAGAUGACUUACGCUCUUUUGACGCCGUUUGCCUGCCGGGUGAUGGUAGCGAGUCUUCAAUGUAGCAUACGUCGACAUCUGGCUAUGCCUAGUGCAUCCAGCCAAGAGAAUGAGGUCUACAUGGAGAAACUGACUGGCAAUCAUGAAGGCGUUGCCUUUCUAACGAUGAACAGACCUGAAGGAAAAAACUCCCUCAGCAGAAACUUUCUCACCCACUUAGAGCAAUCUCUGCAACAACUGAAGGAUGAACGUAGUGUUCGAGUUCUGAUCAUGCGGUCUGUCGUACCGGGAGUGUUCUGUGCCGGCGCCGACCUUAAAGAACGACGGACAAUGCCUGAAGAGGAGGUGGAACCAUUUGUAGAGCGGUUGCGUAAUGUAUCAUCGACGCUUGAAUCUUUACCGAUGCCGACUAUCGCUGCCCUUGAUGGAGCUGCCCUCGGCGGUGGCUUAGAAUUGGCGCUCGCCUGCGACAUCCGAGUGGCUUCUCAAGCCGCAAAAAUGGGUCUUGUAGAGACCAAACUAGGAAUCAUUCCAGGCGCCGGUGGCACUCAAAGACUGCCGCGUAUUAUUGGUCCGGUCUUGGCCAAGGAGUUGAUUUUGACGUCACGCGUGUUGAGUGGUAAAGAGGCCAGACAAAUUGGUCUUGUCAAUCACGUUACAGAAGAAGGUAAAACAGCGGAACAGCGUGCCCUGGAACUGGCAGAAGAAAUUCUACCAAAUGCGCCCAUAGCACUGCGUCUUGCAAAACUGGCUGUGAACAAGGCAAUAGAGGUAUCUCUUGCCGAAGGUUUAAUUUUUGAAAAAAGCUUUUAUGCUCAGGUUAUUAAAACCAAGGACCGUAUGGAAGGAUUGAAUGCUUUUAGAGAAAAGAGGAAGCCCAUGUACAAAGGAGAAUGAUCAGUCAAGCGCUAAAAAUAUUUAUGCCCAAACGAUUUUUCAGUGCAAGUCUCUCGGAAUCUCUCAACGUUUGCCGAAAAAUCGCCAAAAAGGAAGUUAACGUGCCCAAAAUGAGCAGUACGCUUUAUAAAAUAUAUAAAAAAAAAAAAAAACAUCCAAGAAGUGUUUAAGAGGAAGGCAAACCCUAUUUCUCUAAUACAAAGGACGUUUUUCCAGCCGAAACCGUUAAUGAUUCGAGGUAGGGAUUAGCUAAACGUGCGAAGAUACGCAUGCGGUUAGACUGAGUAAAUCGAAAGAAAAACGUACUAUGAUAUGAAAAGAAGUGAAUAGAUUCUUACAUUUCAACACGACAAUGCUAUGAUAUCUAUGAUUUAUCCGCUACUCUAUCUAUCAUAUCUGAAGUAUAGAGGCGCAUGUCCUGGCCAAUGAGAAUCUUGCAAAGCCAGAACGAAACUCGUUCAUUUGAAUGAUUACUUUUCUCAUGGACUGAUUAUGGAGGCAAUUAUUUCCUAGUUUAAGCUCUGACGUACGACACAGACACGCGAAAGGAUAUCCUGAAUGUUGUUAUCCUAUGUUAUACACAAAGUACGUUAGCCACUGCCAUUCAGUAGGUUUUGUCCCCUCGGCUGUGCAUGUAUUCCUCCACAUACAUUAUCGUUGGUGAUCUCUACUCAUUUGACAAUCGGCCGUUGUUUUUGACUCGCGCACAUCUAUUUGCCGUAGGCUGGCUCGAAUUGUAACGAGGUUAGCUCAUCAGGACACGGCUGAUUCCGACACGUACAUAAAGGUAAGUCUAGUUAGAGAUGACAUGGCAGGCAUGAAGCUGGUCGCAUGAAGCAGGACCAUACAGAGUAUUA